CUCUCUCUCUCUUUAGUCAUAUAUGCCUUGCGUUUGUGUCAUGCCUUUUCAUCCAAGCAAGCCCCUCUGAAUCCCUCACUUUCUUUGCCCUCUUUUGUCCCCUUCCUUUUUCUUCACCCCCCUAAUCUCUGUCCACUUCAGUCCUUCUCCCACAGAUCUCCCUCUGAUACUCUCUCUCUCUCUCUCUCUCUCUCUCUCUCUCUCUCUCUCUCCUCCAUGUGCCUUCCUCCCAUCUCCCUCUUUUUAUAGGCAUCAUCCCAUUCCCACCAUCACACCUACCUCUCCAUUCUCUCUCUCUCUCUGGGUAUUUUGUUUUGUUUCCAAUUCUACUCUUUAUUUUCAUCUUCUCAUUUUUAAUCUGAUCGAACAAUGGAAUCUCAACAACAACCACCAAAUGAUCAUCAAGAGGGUGGUGGUGGAAGUGGAAAGAGUGGAAGUAGUAGUUACCUGUGUAGGCAAAGCAGUACGAGGUGGACACCGACAACUGACCAGAUAAGGAUACUGAAGGAGCUCUACUACAACAAUGGAGUUAGGUCUCCAACUGCUGAUCAGAUUCAGAGGAUCUCAGCUAGGCUUAGACAGUACGGCAAGAUUGAGGGUAAAAAUGUCUUUUACUGGUUCCAGAAUCAUAAAGCUCGUGAGAGGCAGAAGAAGAGGUUCACCACCACCAACACCAUAGCUGAUCAAAUCCCCAACAUUCUUUACAACAAGUACCCUAUCAUCAAUACCAGUCCUGCAGGGGUUCCCACUCCAUCAUCAUCUUGUUGUUCUACUUCCUCUUCACCAGCUAUGGUUGCUGUGGGCCAGAUGGGAAGCUAUGGGUAUGGAUCUGUGAAUAUGGAGAAAAGUUUUAGGGACUGCACCAUAUCAGCAGGGUGCAAUGGUGGUGGUAGUGGAACAAUAGGCCACAAUUUCUGGGUAGGUAGUGGUGGUGGUGGGGAUCCAUAUUCUCAGCCAUACCCUUUCCUUGAGUACCAGAGGAGGAUUAACGCAAUGGAAGUAGAUGAUGAGCAAGAAGAAGAUGAUCAAGAAGAGCAACCUCAGAUUGAAACCCUGCCUCUCUUCCCGAUGCACGCCGACAACGUGGUUCUUAAGCCCGAAAUACCCAACAACAACUGCUACUACUCCGGCAGCAGCAGCAGCAGCUGGUUCCAGUAUUCUGACCACCACCGCCACGCCAACGGCUAUGCCUACGGCAAUACUAAUUCUGCUACUGCUGCUCGCACUUCCCUUGAGCUUAGUCUCAACUCCUACGCCGGCAUGUGGUCCUCUGAUUAACGAACUAGCUAAUUUCCACCUGGCUACCAUUAUAUACACAUAUUUUGGGCAUGUCCAAAUUAAGCUAUGCCAUCUUCAUUUUGUGUUUUCCUUCUAGUACUGAUCUGGUAGUUCUUUAUGGGUGAAUUCAGGAGUAGCUAGUAGAAUAUUACUCCGUAGUUAAUUUCUGGCUAACUUCCGCGGCU